CGGUUUUGACAAAAAUGACAGCAUGUAUAAUAUAAAAAAAAUUCAUGUGAAAAAUAAAAUGAGGCAAAAUUCAAUAUAACAUGUGACUUUACUAAACUUCAAUUUUAUAUAUAAGUAACAUUUCUGUGAUAUGCCGGGACCCGAUGUGAGAGCUAAUGAAAAUGUCCUCGGCGAGAUGUCGACAGAGCCCACUGCGACUGUGCAUAGUGGCGUAGAAGCGAAAACUGAAAGAAAACUUACUGUCCUUGAGUCACAUGGAUACGUCCUUGGUCGAACCAUUGGGUCUGGUUCUUAUGCCACAGUCAAGGUUGCAACCAGCGACCGACAUAACUGUCAAGUGGCAAUCAAAAUAAUUAGCAAGUUCCAAGCACCGGGUGAUUAUCUGAAAAAGUUUCUGCCAAGAGAAAUAGAAGUCGUAAAAGGUCUCAAACAUGAGAACCUUAUACGAUUUCUCCAAGCUAUAGAAACUACUCAUAGGGUCUAUAUUGUGAUGGAAUAUGCCGAAAAUGGCAGUCUCCUAGAUAUAAUACGCAAGGACCAACAUAUCGAUGAGGUGCGAGGUCGACGCUGGUUCCGACAGCUCGUGGAGGCGGUUGAUUACUGUCAUGAACGAGGAGUUGUACAUAGGGACAUAAAAUGCGAAAACUUGCUAAUGGACCAUGGUUUGAACAUUAAACUUUCGGAUUUUGGUUUUGCUCGCGGUCAUAUGAAGCCGAAGAAUGGAGUAUACGCUCUGAGUGAGACUUUCUGCGGAAGUUAUGCUUAUGCUUCGCCAGAAAUCUUGAAGGGAGUUCCUUAUAGGCCACAGGACUCAGACAUUUGGAGUAUGGGAGUGGUUCUUUACGCUAUAGUGUAUGGAAGACUGCCUUUUGACGAUACGAAUUAUACGCAGUUGCUCAAACAAGUGCAAAACAAAGUAUCAUUCCCUCGUGAGCCGAAAGUAUCAACCGAUUGUCGCAAGCUAAUCACGAAAAUAUUGGCUCCUUUGAAAGUGCGCGUGAAGAUACCUCAGAUCCUGGCAGACACGUGGAUCAACCCGAACCAACCAGCUAAGGACGAAGAGGUGGAUACAGCACAGGAAAACGCGCAAGUCAGCAAAGAAGAAAUAAAAAGCGUGAAUAUUGGCACUGUGACUUUCGACAGGAAGUUAGAGGAAGUGAAAUGAUAAUGAUAAUAAAGCAACCAAUCAGAAAAUAGUGAAACAUUUAAA